AUGGAUGAAGGAGAAAGUAUAGAACUUGCAAACGGUGAGUUCAUCCUUGAGAACAUCUUGGACGAGAAUAUUUCUCUGGCCACCAUAAUCAAAGUUGGUGAUGAACUUCAGUGGCCCCUGACAAAAGAUGAGCCUGUUGUAAAGCUUGAUGCUUUGCACUAUCUCUUCUCUUUGCCCAUGCAUGGUGGUGAUCCUCUGAGCUAUGGUGUCACUUUUCCAGCGCAGUAUGAAAGCAAUUUGGGCUUUCUGGAUUCGUUUUUGAAGGAGCACUCUUGCUUUAGUGGCUUGAGCACAUCCACCAAAACUAACAAAGGUGUUGAUUGGAAGGAGUAUGCUCCAAGAAUGGAUGACUACAAUAAUGUGUUGGCAAAAGCAAUUGCAGGAGGGACUGGCCAGAUUGUCAAGGGGAUCUUCAUGUGUAGCAAUGGUUACACCAAUCAGCUUCAAAAGGGAGGGGAAGUGACAUUGGCUCGUCCUGCUGAGGAGAAAAGUUAUGUCAAAGAACAAGGAAGUAAUAGCAGCAAAAAUUCUGGUGCCAAAAAGAAGAGUGAAAUCAACAAGAGCUUGAAACGCGUGAGAAAGUUGUCAAUGAUGACUUCAAAGCUCAGCAAAUCUAUGCUUGAUGGGGUUGGCAUUGCGACCGGAUCAGUGAUGAGACCUGUGGUUAAAUCCCAGGCAGGGAAGGCAUUCUUUGCCAUGGUUCCAGGACAGGUCCUCUUGGCUUCCCUUGAUGCCGUCAAUAAGAUUUUGGAUGCAGCUGAAGUUGCAGAGAAGCAAGCUCUUUCUGCUACCUCUGGUGCUGCUACUAGAAUGGUCAGCAACAGGUUUGGGGAAAGUGCAGGGGAGGCAACUGAGCAUGUGUUUGCAACAGCAGGGCAUUGUGCAAACACUGCUUGGAACAUCUUCAAAAUAAGAAAGGCCAUCAAUCCAGCAUCAUCUGUCUCUACAGGAGUAUUGAAGAAUACUGCCAAAAGCAGAAGCAGAAGUUCUUAA